AUGUGUUACCAUCAAGUAAAUACGUGUCUACGGUUUACCACGACCGCGUACUGCAAGUCUGCAAACUGUAACCACAAUUCUCAUUUCUCAAAUCUGUGUGUUCCGGUGUUCGGUGACAGCCGACAGGAUGGCGGAAAGCGUCACAACGUAAUCAAGUCCGGUUCGACCAAUCGGCGGGCUCCACACUCGCGAAAGUGGGAAAUAUUUUGUACCGGUGAGGUGGCCACACCGGUUUGUCUGAGGGAAAAUAAAACCGAUAAUAAAUAUAUACGUCGGGGCCGCCCGGCGAAUGGCAAUUGGCAAUCCGUUUCGUGGUUUCGUCGACUCUCGGUGUCUCUAGUGCUUUCCUAUCAUGGUUCGUCGUCAUGUUUACUAGUUUCAAGUCUCAACUUUUAG